AUGCUACUCCUUUUCCUCCUGACCUUGUCACCUCUCUCCCUCGCCCUCCCAGCCACAACCGACUCACCCUUCCCGGUCCCCUGGGUAACCGUCGAUGUCCACGGUUCCGCCACGACCAUCACACCCGCCGUGAUCACCACCGAAGGCCAUCUCACCACAAUCUCCGCCGCGCCCGACAAUCUGUUGUACACGACUACAUAUACCUUCUCGCCCGGCACGGGUCAACCCUCGACGUACACCGGUUUACCCCCCGUAGCGACGGCGACAGGGGCUGAAGAGGGUAGUUUGGCGGGUGUAUUUCCGGCGUGUGGACCGGAAGCGAAUGUUGGGGUGGUUGAGCCGUUUUGUUUGCCGCGUGGGGGGAGUCGGUUGUUUCCGGGGAGGACGUAUUACAUAACCUGGUCCCCGAGCUACUUCCCCCCCGAAACCCAACUCACCCUCCAAAUCUUCUUCACCAACUCCUCUUUCGACCCAUCCAGAAACACCGACACAGAGACAGACACAGACCCCAUCAACGACACCCUCGGCACCCCCGGUCUCUCCAUCCCCUCUCUGUCCUCCUCCACCGGCUUCUACCCCUGGCCGAUCCCCCCCGACUUUCUCACAACCCACAACAUCCCCGUUGACCAGUCCCUGACUCUCACUUUUGCCCUAUCCUACCAUUCUUCUAAUACCAACCCUGACUCCGACUCUAACUCCAACCCAUCUAACAAACCCACCUUCGUAACAUCCACAGACCCCAACGAUAUCUCAGAUACAACCCUCCGCAUCGGUCCCACAGUCUACCUCACGCCCACCUCCCAAGAAGAAAAAGGAGAAGAGUCCAGCAAGAACCCGCACAACCUCCUCCUCCAGAUCCUCCUUCCCGUGCUGCUAGUCAUUCUCUGCAUCGCAACGUUCACAUAUUGCGUCCUCUCCGCCCGACGUAACGGUGGCCAUCUGCCGUGUGUCGGUAUUGCUGUUAGUCCGGUCCUCCUUGGUCGACGUCGGGGUCAGGUGAGCCGGGGAAUAGCAAGGCUAGGGGAAGGGGAGCAGAACUGGAACGGGAAAUCAGGGGUGGAUGGUGGUGUUGGCGCUGGAGGGGUCGAGUUGACGGAUCGGGGCGGUUCUUCGCCCGGAAUUGGACGAAAUGUAUUCCGGGAGGAGGUCCAGAGGCAAGAGAGGGAGAGAGGGAAAGGGUGA